CUGAAGAAUGGUCUCGACCCGAAACAAUACCGCCUCUACUCCUGCACCUAUUUUCUAUGUAACCUUCUCCCCUCUGCCCGUCUCUCUGCAGUUGCCAGAGUCGGCCACCUCGCUCCCUCCUCGCCUGCCGGCCGAGACGGCGGAGAUUAACCAGGGCGAUCUAACCGACGCACUCAUCGAUACGGAACGCAGCCACCGCAACUCUGCCGACGGGGCAGGUGGGCUUCCGCUGGUUCGCCAGGCCUCCCCCGUCUCCGUCUACCUCUUCCCGGGGGAGAACGGCCGGGAGAAGCGGCCGGCGCUGCCCCCCGUGGCUGGAGCCGACACGCCGGACGCAGCGUUCCCAUCAGACGGCAGCGAGCCCGAGAGCGACUCCACCGACAACGACGACUUCUGCAUCCUCGACGCUCCCGGCAUGGGAAUACCGCCCAAGGACGGUGAGCCGGUGGUCUCCAAGCUGACGGCGGACGGCAUCACCGUGAAGGACAACUACUUCUCCCGGCCCAUCGGCAGCACCGACCUGCUGAAGGCGCCCGGCCGCUUCCCCGUGCCCGACACGCGCAUCAUGCUGCGCGAGAUCUCCGUCGUCUGGCAUCUGUACGGGGGCAAGGACUUCGGCCCGCUCCGCCCGUGCUCCGCGCACGCACACUCGCCCAGGGUGAAGCCGGCAAGCCUCGGUGCCAGGGGGUCACCCUCACGAUCGGCCUUCACCAACCGCCCACAGAAUACAUGGAGGACGCUGGGGGGCUCGGACAGAAACCACGACAUCCUCAUGGAGAUACAGCUCACCAAGGUGAGCUUCCAGCACGAGACCUUCCCGUUGCCAGGCUCGGCGGCUGUGGACAAGGCCCCAGCGGAGCUGGUGGCCCCGGGGACCGAGGAGCAGCCCUUGGCCCGCCAGGUCUUCAUCGUGCAGGAGCUGGAGAUCCGUGACCGGCUGGCCUCCUCCCAGAUCAACAAGUUCCUGUACCUCUACACCAGCGAGAAGAUGCCCAGGAGGGCACACUCCAACAUGCUGACCAUAAAGGCCCUUCACGUCAGGCCUGAGUCGGGGAUCGGAGGCCCUGAAUGUUGCCUGCGGGUGUCGCUGAUGCCAUUACGCCUCAAUAUUGACCAGGAUGCCUUAUUCUUCCUGAAGGAUUUCUUCACGAGUUUCGCCACCGGGAUCAAUCCCGUCGUUCCUGUGGAGUUGGCGGGGGAAGCGGUGGCCAAGCCAGACGCCAGCCAGCGGGGGAGUGGAGCGUCUGACACGGACUCCCUGGGUCGCGACUCGGAAUCGUCCCAGGUCGGGGGGGUCGAGCUGCCCGAGAUGACCGCCUCGAUGGAGACCACACUGAGCGAGCACAGUUCCUCCUCCACCGCCAGCUCCUCCGAACAGCCCAUCUACUUCAGGGAAUUCCGAUUUACCUCAGAGGUGCCAAUCUGGCUGGAUUAUCACGGGAAGCACAUGAUCAUGGAUCAAGUGAGCAUUGCCCUUGUGGAAGAGGCCUCAUUCUUAGCACAGGCCCGGCGAGCCGAAGGGCCUGUGCCCCAUGUUUGUAUUUCUGUGGCGGUGGGUUGCUUAUACAGAGUCUGUAGACUGUUUCAGUGUCUAGACACUGUAGACUGUUAGAGUGUGUAGACACUGUAAACCAGGAGUGGGGAACCUCAAUAGUCAAUAGUCUAUUUAAUUGUCAUUUGGACCCCUGGAGGUCCAAAUGAAAUGCCGUUUCUGCAGCCAUACAUUACACACAAAUAGACCCCAGACACAACAUAAUUUACAUUUUACAUAAACAUCCAUCACAU